GACAUUGGGAGCGAAAGAGCACCUUGAAAGCUGCUGGAGGGCGCGGAGGAAAAGCCGAGGAAGAGAAGCUGCGAUUGGGGGCAGCAAAAGAGGGAUCAACCCAGCAGCACGGGGACGACAGUCCAGUUGCCAAUCCGGGCGCUCGGUGAAUUCUCAGGACGUGGCCGGGUGCGUUUCCUGAAGGAGUGACGUAGAUUUGCUGAAUCCAAGCCAAUGAAACUGAGCCCUAGGUGGUCAUACAUGAGAAUCACAGGACCAUGGCCUCAUUGGAAUUUCCUAAUGUGACAAUAAAGCUAGAAGACGAAGAGGAGGUACCGUGGCUCCCCAGUAAACAGGAAUCGGAGGAAAGUGAGAAUUUCCCAGGUGACCGCUCGGGAUUUCCCGUCCCCAAGUCGGAAGUGAUCCAUGGUGGAGAUCCAUGGAUUCCAGAGCCCAUUUCAGAGGAAAGAGAGAUCCCAACAGACUACACCUCAGAACUUCCAGAUGUGAUAAUAAAGCUGGAACAGGAGGAGGAGCCGUACGUCCCCUAUUGCCAGGUUUCGGAGGCCAGCGUGACCUUCAAAGGAGACCCCUCAGGAACUGAAGAUGGAAGAAUCUUUGUGGGAGAACUUCCGUAUUACUCCGGCUGCGGGAGAAGUUUCAACAACAAACCGGACCUCAUCAAACGCGAAAGCCAAAAUGCAGCAGAGAAGCCGCACAAGUGUUCACGCUGCUCCAAAAGCUUCAUGAAGAGAUCCAACCUUCGUACCCAUGAGAGAAUCCAUACCGGAGAAAAGCCGUUCCGGUGCUCCGAGUGCGGGAACAGCUUCAGCGACGGGUCCAGCCUUAUCCGACAUAAGCGGAAGCACACGGGAGAGAAGCCUUACAGUUGCUCAUCCUGUGGGAAAAGGUUCAACCAGAGCUCCAGCCUUAUCAGACACGAGAGAAGCCACACGGAGCACAGGCCUUACAAAUGCCUGGAAUGUGGCAAAAGGUUCAACCAGAGUUCGACCCUGGUGAGGCACGAGAGAAUCCACCGAGAACAGAGACCGUAUAAAUGCUCAGAAUGUGACAAAAGGUUUAUUCAGAGCUCAAGCCUCCUCGCUCAUGAGAGAAUCCACCGGGGAGAGAAACCGUACGGCUGUGCACUGUGUGGCAAAGGCUUCUGUCAGAGGUCCAACCUUCUUAUCCACGAGAUGAAACACACCGGCCUGAAACCGUUUAAAUGUUCGGACUGCGGGAAAGGGUUCAAUCAGAAUUCGAGCCUCGUCAUACACAGGAGAAUUCACACGGGAGAAAAACCAUACAACUGUUCCCACUGCAGGAGACCUUUCAGCGACAAGUCGAGCCUUAAUAAACACGAGAGAGCCCACAGGGGAGACAAGCCGUACAAAUGCUCAAACUGUGGGAAGAGCUUCGUCCGGAGGUCGCACCUUCUCACCCACGAGAGGAUCCACACGGGAGUGAAGCCGUUCAAGUGCUCGGAUUGCGGGAAAAGCUUCAGCAGCCGGUCACACCUGAUAAGGCACGAGGGGACCCACACGGGGGAGAAACCCUACGACUGCUCUUUCUGCGGGAAAAGCUUCAACCGGAAAUCCAACCUGACGAACCACGAGAGGACCCACACGGGGGAGAAGCCGUACAAGUGCUCGGACUGCGGGAAGAGCUUCAGCGACCGCUCGAGCCUGAUCAAGCACGAGCGGAUCCACACGGGGGAGAAGCCGUACAGCUGCGCGUCCUGCGAGAAGAGCUUCAGCGACAAGUCCAGCCUCAUCCGGCACGAGCGGAUCCACACCGAGGAGAAGCCGUACAAGUGCUCGGAUUGCGGGAAAGGGUUCAACCAGAGCUCCAGCCUCAUUGUCCAUGAGAGAACCCACACGGGGGAGAAGCCGUUUAAGUGCUCGGACUGUGGCAAAGGCUUCAUUCGGAGGACGAUUCUCAACAAGCACGAGAGGACCCACGCUGGGGAGAAGCAGUGAAGUCUGGGACUGUGGAGGAGGCCAUCAGCUCUGGUGAUGACUUAGGCUGGUGGGGCGGGGCAGGGCAAGCAGUGUGUGGCCCUCUUGUCAGCCCUAGCCAGCUUAGCCACUGGUGAGGGAUGAUGGGAGUUGUAGGCCAAGAACAGCCAGAGGGCCGCAAGUUGCUUACCCCAAGGCUUCGGCCUUCUUAGAUAUGAAGGAACUUUGCUGGAAGAAAGGCAUUAAAGCUAAAAAAGCGUAGCGAACCAAGCGGCCCCGGUUGAGCGUUCGCCUCUACCAUGAUCGUGGGCGGCCUUAGGCGAGUUGCCCUCCAACACAAAACGCACACCCAAUCCUGUGGGAAGCUGAUUUGCACACGGGCCCCGGUUGAGCAUAGAGCGAGGUGUGCUUCAGUGCAUGGAUUUCAGCGACCAUAAUUCUGGGGUUGGAUCACGAUCCUGAUAUUUUUCCUACCUGGACAUGUAAGCGAACAGGAUGUGAGAGUGGGAUGCACGAGGUAGUCUACUGGUGUGGGCAAACUCCAGGUUUGCGGGAUCUACAUUUUUAGAGAACAAAACAUGAACUUUUGUUAUACGUUUCCUCCCCUCCCCUCAAUAAGGUAAGAGUAUAGUGAGUUAGACGCAUAUGCAAUCAAAAAUAAAAGGAUGAAUACAGAAAAAUAACAA